UAUGCGAACCCGACGAUAACAAAAUAGCGUCUGGACGGCGUUUAAUUAAUUUUGUGGAAACCAGAUGGUGUAUUUAAAUGUAACGCGUUUAAGAAAUGUGUCGCUAACGUUUCUGUAAUCGUCCUUUACCAAAACAAGUGUUGGUUGGUUGCUAUCAGUCUCUGUUGUACUGCACAGAGGUGAAACUGCUCACCAGGACUAACACAUGGCGGCUUUCGGAACAUAACACAAAGAGCAAGGACUUCAGAGACGGUUAAACAUGGAGUAUUGAGUCUUUCUCCUUACAGUAAAACGCCAGUUUGAGUGAUGAGCUCCGGGCAGGAGACGGAUGGGGACUGCUGGGCCGAGUGUCUGGACGUGGCUGUGCAGACAGCGCUCAGAGCUGCUCAGAUGGUGCGGGAGGCUGUGAACCAAGAAAAGCAAGUAAGCAGUAAAAGCACUCCUACAGAUCUGGUGACUGAAGCCGACCAUCAGGUGGAGGAGCUGAUCAUCUCUACCCUCAGGGAGAAGUUUCCCUCACACAGGUUUAUUGGAGAGGAGUCCUCUGCUGCAGGAGAGAAGUGUGUUCUGACAGAUAGUCCGACAUGGAUUAUAGAUCCCAUAGAUGGCACAUGUAACUUCGUCCACAGUUUCCCCAUGGUUGCUGUAAGCAUUGGAUUUGCUGUAAAUAAACAGCUUGAGUUUGGUGUUAUAUGCCACUGUUUUGAUGGAACGUUGUAUACUGCUAGAAGAGGCCAUGGAGCAUUUUGUAAUGGUGAACGACUCAAAGUUUCAAAGGAAAAAGAUGUGUCAAAGGCCCUUAUUCUGACAGAGAUUGGAGCAAAGAGAGAUCCUGGCACACUGGAAAUCUUUUUGGGAAAUAUGAAAAAGCUACUUAGUGCACCAGUCCAUGGGGUCAGGAUCAUAGGCAGCUCGACUUUAGCGCUGUGCCAGGUUGCUAGAGGAGCAGCCGAAGCUUAUUACCAGUAUGGUCUGCACUGCUGGGACAUCGCUGCAGCUGCAAUCAUUAUUACAGAGGCAGGAGGCUGUGUGAUCGACACUACAGGGGGUCCUCUUGAUAUCAUGUCCCGACGGGUCGUGGCUGCUGGUUCUCGAAAGAUAGCGGAUUACAUUGUCCAGCAGCUCCAGCCAAUCAGCUACGGACGUGACGACGAUGACUGCUGACCCAUCAUAUCCAAUUACCCUGUUGUAUUUCCUCUACUGCUGCAGACCCCUACCCUGACCGAGGAGGGCCAUAUCUGAUACACACCCCCUCCAACCAGAGGGAAACAGUCAUGCAUUUGGAACCCUGGUCUGUUGUCCUUUAUAUUCCUCUGAACUGCACAUGGAGCUUGUGUGAUUAUGCGAUUAUUUGGAGGAGGAUUUGCAUUUUGCUUAUAAAAUAAUCUAGUUUGUUUAGGUGAAAAACCCUCUCUGUGCUGUUUGCUUGUUCUAUUAUUAAGGCUGAUUUUUUUUUGUGUGUUUUUUUUGCAGCACUACCAUUACACUUUAAAAUUCUUACUGGUGGUGGGCUAGCAUAAUAGAUGGAUGUGCAAUGUGAGCAGUAAAUGAAGAUAACAAAUGAAAAAUGUAUUUAUUUGUUGUAUGAAUUAAUUCCUUUCCUUUGUCUGCAUUUGCAUUCAGUAGCUAUUACAGUGUAAAAUCAGCAGCCACAUAUACAUGCUUUUUUGCUCUGUACCAUUUCAUAAGGGAAUAAUAUUUGUUUACUUGAUGUCUUAUUGUUUAUCUUUACUGACUCGGGGGAUUCUUUUAUCAGUAGU